AUUAAUGUAAUAGAUCUCAAGGGAUACAACAUAUGUUUUGUACAACUAUAUAAAAAGAAAAAAAAGGAUAAAAUAUAAAAGUAAAUAAAGUUAGACAAAGCAAGAAGCUUUCUAAGUGUAAACUAGAUAAAACUGUAAUUAUUGCAAGAUAUAUUUGAUAACAACACUUUGUGCCUUAUAUUUUGAUUGCUAUAAAUGUUUAUGAGGACCAUCAAGUGCAAUAUACUGCUAUAUUAGCAAUUAAAUUACACAAGUGUCCAAGGAAUACAUCUUAUAGUAUUUUGCAUACUCUCACUUUGACUAUGUACCAUACUGUAUAUCCGUCACAAAUGACGGUGCAAAUAAUGAAUGGACAGCAAACGGGUGGACAGUGUCCUCCGACACAAGCUCAUGCAUUGCAUAUUAAUGGUGUAAAUACAUUGCACCAAACUGAUUUCAUACAGUAUGGUCCAGAUAUUUCUGGACAUAACAGGCAUCGUAUGAUGCAGACAGGAUCCCAUCAACUAGAUUUAUUACAACUAAUAGGAAUCGAUGUGCCAUCAUUACGACAUAUAGAUUAUAUGCAAUCAAACAAUAAUUUGUCUUCUACAAAUUGGGAAAGACGAAUAGGUACAUCCAAUAAUACUUCAAUUAUACCACCUUCAAAUUAUGGUUUCAAGCCCACAAAUACUAAUUCGACAAAGAAACCAAGUUGGAAUAAUAGAAACGGCAGAAGAAGUUCGUACAGGCAAUCCUUUCCAAAGUAUGAGACAUAUAAUAGUGACAGUGGGUUUAGCUCUCGUUCACCAACACCAAACAAACAUCACAUCGACAAUAGUUUAACAGAGAGUUCAGAUGAACGUGAUUCUACAAGUUCAAUAAGAAGACAAGGAAUAAAAAAACAUCAUAAAAUGCAUCCAGAUAAUAGAGCAGUCAAUAAACCCACAUCAAAUGGCUUAAUUUCGAAUACUUCUGCACAUCAAUAUUAUCAAAGCCAACGGCCUGUUAAUUAUUAUCAUACUACUGUUUCUUCUCCCAGGUCUCACAUUCAAAAUUAUCAAAAUCGGAGAAGGUAUUUAUCAGGCAGGAGUGAAAGUGCACCUUCUCAGCGGCCUCCAAGAAAUCGUAAAUUUACUGAAGUUAUAUUACCAAAUUACAAUAUGUCCCAAUAUCCCAGAUGUUUCAUAGCUCCUGAUAGAUUUCUUGCUAGAUCUCAUUUAGUAGAAGUAACUUCUGUACCAAACAAUCUCGUUACUGGAUCAAUAUGGGAUGGUUUGUCACAACAAAUUUGGUCGAAAUUUAUAUCAAAUCAACAAACUCAAGUUACAUAUAGAAAUAAAAUGAUGUUGUGGAAGCAUCUUUAUAUUUACAUCAAGACUUCAUAUCCAAAAUAUGGUUUAUUUUUGGUUGGUUCAACAAUGAAUGGUUUUGGUUCAGACAAUAGCGAUGUCGACAUGUGUCUUUUAGUGAGGCACACAGAAAUGGAUCAGAGAUAUGAAGCUAUGGAACAUUUAGGACAAAUACUGAAAUAUCUAAAAAAAUGUGAAUUCAUUGAACAACUCGAACUUAUACAAGCAAAAGUGCCGAUUAUUAGAUUCCGUGAUGCACUGCAAAAUUUAAAAGUUGAUUUAAAUUGUAACAAUGCUGUUGGGAUAAGAAAUACACAACUGUUAUAUUGUUAUUCAAGACUUGAUUGGAGGGUUAAACCACUAGUACUUGUUGUGAAACUUUGGGCUCAAUGUCAAGAUAUCAAUAAUGCGAAAAACAUGACAAUAUCUAGUUACUCUCUGGUUCUCAUGGUUAUACAUUUCCUACAAUGUGGUGCCAGUCCUCCAGUUCUACCAUGCUUGCAUUCGAUAUUUGUAGGCAAAUUCAGCCCGCACACAGAUAUUCAUGAUAUCGAUAUUCAUGAGGAUUUAAACAUUCCCUCCUCUAUUCGUUUACCCGAGAAUCGUCAGUCUCUUGGAGAAUUGCUGGUAGAAUUUUUUAGAUACUAUGUGGAAUUCGAUUUCAGUCGUUAUGCGAUAUCUGUACGUUUGGCAAGCAAAAUACCGAUAGAUGAGUGUCGUAUGGUGCAGUCACUCAAGAACGAUCCACAUCAAUGGAAAUAUCUGUGUAUCGAAGAGCCAUUCGAUCUGACUAAUACAGCUAGGUCAGUCUAUGAUCCCGAUGUAUUUGCAAGAAUUAAGCGGAUAUUUAAUAUUACGUACCAAAGAUUAAAGGAAACACGCAAUCUGAACUGCAUAUUUAUGAAGAUAAUCCAAGAUCAUAUUUAUAUCGCGACAUAACUGUGUUUUGUAGACUAGCACAGAAAUGCUUAAAUAUUAGCUAGGAUAAAUAAUAUUUAAAAGCGUUCUAUUCUGAAGAACAAGCUGUUCUAAAUGAAUUAAAAGCAUUUUGUUAAAUGCUGGCAGCUUAAUAGUUUAGUGAUCUGAAACGAUAUGGAAGAAUAGGACAAAGCGAAAUAAGACUGCCAAGAUCGUCUUCUACGAUAUGCUUAGUACCUUGUCAUGUUAAGUCUUAUUUUCGAACAAUUUAUGUUUGCAAGGUACAAAGCAGAAUAUGAUAACUUGUCCUGCAUUUUAUUUUCUAAUUUUUUUUUUUUUUGUAAAAUAUUAAAAUCAUUAUUAACUGUGCAACAUCUUGAAAUGAGAUAGUAUCACACUGUUUGUGUUUACUAACGUGCAAAAACAUCUUUCAUUCUGGUAUAAAGCACAAAGUAUUAAAUGCACGGGUAUCGUUCCUAUAUAAAUGCUAAAAUUGCUAUUGUGCAAUAAAAUUUGAGUAUAUUAAAGCUACAACCAUCUA